CAACCCUGCAGUGUGUGUGUAUUGGUCUCGAGCAGGCGGAGGGUUCGGUGCGCUUUCAGAACUACAUUAUUAGACACUCCAAAAGGACUGAACACACACAAACAUCGACAUGGAGCUACAGGAGAAAAAAAACAAAUACGGUGACUCGAGGACCUUUGACCCCAACUUUAAAGGACCUAUCGCAAACAGGAGCUGCACUGAUAUUCUCUGCUGUCUGCUCUUCAUACUGGCCCUGCUGGGGUACUUUGCUGUGGGAAUUUUGGCUUGGUCUCAGGGUGACCCAAGGAAGGUUAUUUACCCCACGGACAGUAGGGGUCAGUUUUGUGGUCAGGCCGGCACCCCACUAGAGAAGAAGCCCCUUCUCUUUUAUUUCAACAUCAUGAAGUGUGCAAGUCCACUGGUGUUGCUGGAGUUCCAGUGCCCCACCACACAGAUCUGUGUGGAGAAAUGUCCAGACCGGUUCUUGACGCUGGUGAAGGCUAAGCUAAAAAAUGAAGACAUGCAGUACUACACCCAGUUCUGUAAGGAGGAAUUGGAUCCCACACUGACGGCUCCUGAGAUCCUAAGGGAUAAAAUGUGUCCGGCUCUAAUCAUUCCCAGCAGGGCCUUUACACGAAGGUGUCUCCCAGCUCUGGAGACGCUUAAGGGGGGAGUGGUUGUCAUCGGUAAUGAAACAACCUUUACUUCCGGCAACACCAGCUUAAAUGCCACUGACCUGCUGGAGGCAUCAAAGAAGUCCAACAUCGCUAUGGAAGCUCGGCAGGUGGCCAUGCGGAUCUUUGAGGAUUACACUGAGUCCUGGCACUGGAUCUUACUUGGGUUAGUUGCUGCUAUGCUGCUCAGUCUGAUCUUUAUUGUCCUUUUGCGUCUGCUGGCUGGAGUCAUGGUCUGGGUGAUGAUCAUCAUGGUCAUCCUCGUUGUUGGCUAUGGUAUUGGACACUGUUAUGUACAGUAUGCCAGUCUACAAGGCCAGGCUGGAGCCGAUGUGACUAUAAAGGAUUUGGGUCUGCAGACAGAUUUCUCUAUCUAUCUGCAGAUCCAGCAGACGUGGCUGGCCUUCAUGAUUAUCCUGAGUAUUGUGGAGCUGGUGAUCCUUCUUCUUCUCAUCUUCCUGAGAAAGAGAUUACUCAUUGCCAUCGCUCUCAUUAAAGAGGCCAGCAGAGCCGUGGGUCAUGUGAUGUCAUCGUUGUUCUACCCUUUGUUGACCUUUGCCCUUGUGUGUCUGGUGAUUGCAUACUGGGCCAUCACUGCUGUCUUCCUGUCCACCUCCAAUGAGCCGGUCUAUAAGGUCUUUAACACUUCUGAGUGUGAAUACUCCAGAGACACCUGCAACCCUGAGACAUUCAACACCAGCAAUAUCUCAGCGCAGUGCCCUGAUGCCGAGUGUUUGUUUGCGUUCUACGGUGGAGAAACUUACUACCACAAGUACCUUAUCGUUCUUCAGUUCUAUAACUUGUUCCUGUUCUUCUGGUGUGUGAACUUCGUAACUGCACUUGGUCAGGUGACCCUGGCCGGUGCCUUCGCCUCCUACUACUGGGCUUUGAAAAAACCGGAUGAUAUCCCGGCGUUCCCCAUCUGCUCCUCUCUUGGACGGGCACUUAGGUAUCACACAGGCUCGCUGGCCUUUGGCUCACUGAUCCUAUCUGUCGUUCAGGUGAUCAGGGUGGUUCUGGAGUAUGUAGAGCAGAAGCUGAAAGGCGCUGAAAACAGUUUUAGCAGGUUCCUCUUGAGCUGUCUGAAGUGCUGCUUUUGGUGUUUGGAGAAAUGUAUCAGAUUCCUCAACAGAAACGCCUACAUCAUGAUUUCGAUUUACGGUAAAAACUUCUGCACAUCUGCUAAAGACGCCUUCUUUCUCCUGAUGAGGAACAUUCUCCGGGUGGCUGUGCUGGACAAAGUGACAGACUUUCUGCUGUUUUUGGGAAAGCUGCUGAUUGUGGGGAUUGUGGGAAUUGGAUCCUUCUUCUUUUUCUCAGGGAAGAUAAAGGCUGUGGAGCAGGCGGCUCCGACUCUAAACUACUACUGGGUUCCCAUCCUGACGUUGGUGUUUGGCACCUAUCUCAUCGCCCAUGGCUUCUUCAGUGUCUAUGCCAUGUGUGUGGACACACUGUUCCUGUGCUUCUGCGAGGACCUGGAGAGGAAUGACGGCUCGUCCGAGAGGCCAUACUACAUGUCCCCAGAGCUGCACGAAAUUCUGUCCGUAAGCAAGGCGACAGAUGAGGCCGAUCACCCAGCAGGCACGCCAGUGGAGCAGCAGGACACAGAGGCUGCUGUUCCACUGCAGGAGAAUGGCGAGGUCCAGCUGAAGCAGCAGGCUGUUCUCACAGAGGUUAAUGAAGAGGAGACACCGCUGACCCAAGAGACGCUGGCGCAGGAGGAGGCAGUGGCCCCAAGUGCUCAGGAAGAGGUGGUGGAGGAAAAGGCUGAAGAACAGGAGGUGCAACAUGUAGCAGAAUCUACAACAGAGGGUGAGAGGGAAACGGUUAUUCAGAACGGCCUUCAGGAGGCCAAUGGUAAAGAGACGGAGGAACCAGAGCAACAACAACAACAGCAGCAACAACAGGAGCAGCAGCAGCCGGAGCUCCAGCAGCCGCCAGCCAUAGUGGAGGAACCGAAGCCGCAGGAAAACGGCCCCCAGGAGAGUGAAGCACCACUAACACCUCAAGACUAAUGCAAAUGCUAACAAUGUGCUCUGAUAUGUUUAUUGGUCAAGUUAGUCCAGCUCUGCAGAACCAAACUCCUCACAGCUGGAGGCAAUUUACUGAAAGCGUUACUUCUGCAAAUUUGAUUCCCUCAGUUUAUUCAUCUCAUUCCAGUAACAGCCAAUCAAAAAUGGUGCCUUUUUAGUGUUAGCACCGGCACUAUGAUAGUUAGCUGCCUGUAACACUGUCAGCUUUUUGGGACAAUGAAUAAUUAUGAUUGCGAAAUUCUUCAUUUAGGACAAAGAACAGUAGGAACAUUCUGUUUCAAAUAUUUAAAUAUUUUAAAAACAAAUAAUAACGCUAGAGUUACUAUGCUAGCUGACUAUCAAAUACAUUAAAGAUAUUGAAAAGCUCUUGAAAACUAGAAUAUGGAAUCAUUAAUUCAUAAAAGUAAGUCUGUUUGCAGUUCACAGGGCUGGGGUAUAAGCACCCAUUACCUGUUAGCUAUGUUAGCUUCAUAUCUCCAGUGAUAAACUUGAAAAGCAUUUCUUGGCUGAACAACUAACUUUAUUAAGAGUAAGGUGAAACAUUUGGAGACUGGAAACAUAGGAUUUUUGUCAGAACUCUCACUUUAAGUUGUUUUAGUAUGCUACUGAAUGGUGGUUUGGUGUGGUUCAGUUAGCGGAGAUGUUCUUCAAAGACACUAGUUUAGCUUUUAGCUGAGGGCACCUGAAAACCUCUUCUGAAGAAACCUUGCAGAUGUGCUAAAUAUGGGCAUAACUAAAUCUUACUGUGUUGCGUACUCCUUCGCUAGCGAUACGUUAGCCAUGUGUGAGGUAAGCUCGGCAGUUUAUGUUUGGUGUGAGAUGUUUCCAGUGAACUGUACUGUGGAUGAUGGACUUGUGCCUAAUAAUUAUUGUGAAUUAUCGUCUUAAUUCUUUCGGGGAAUGGACUCAAAGUUUACUGUUGCGAUGUUUACAGUGAAAAAACAAGCAAAAAAAAAAAAAGAAUAAACCUGGUUUACAUUAAUAUUCAAUACCAGCUUUGCCCAAAUGUGACAUUGUUAUAUUUGAGACGAUGAAUCUGUAUUAAUUAAUCGGGAAAUAUGAAUAAAGAUUGUGUUCAUAUGCUUAAUGUCAGAAACCCAAAGCUGGUUUCAAUUCUGAGAAGCUUGGCCUUGUGAGACUUAUGUGGGUGUGUGCAUUUUUGUGUGUGCGUGUGUGUGUGUGUGCAUGUGUGUGUGAUGAUAUGCUGGUGUGUUUUUGUUGCCUUCAGUCUGUUUCUACCUCUCAGUCUUUCUCUUUUCUAUCUUUGUAAGUUUCUGUGAAUCUGUGCCCUAAUAAACCUCUCAUUUCCA